AUGUCUACCGCUUUGAACCAUUUUAGCACAGAUGCUAAGCAACAAAUUCAAAAAUUCCGUAUAUCUACUUCAAGAUCAGAAACAAUCAAGUUCUUGCCUAUAAUGAUAGACCCCAAGAGUUAUGAAAUUGUUAUUGAUGAAGAAUCUAAAGAAGAAUUGGAUGAAGUCACUGAAUUGAGUGAACUUGGUGAAGCUUUACCAGAUAAUAAACCAAGAUAUAUUCUUGUUGCCUAUCCAUUAACCACAAAGGAUGGUAUUAAACAAACACCUUUAAUGUUGUUAUAUUGGAUCCCUGCCACUGUUGUUUCUCAAGAAUAUAAGAUGGUUUAUGCAGGUGCUUUAGAAAUGGUUAGAAACGAAUGUGGAACUACAAAAUUGGUUGAAGUAACUUCCGGUUUAGAAGAUGAUGAUGCCGUGGAGGAGUUGAAAGAACAGCUCGAAAAAAAAUAG